AUGCUGGAGAGUCGCAACGAAUCUUUCUCUACAAGCGUGAAUGUUUUACGUCCUGAAGAUUGUGUAAACGCUAAAAAGAAUAAUGGCGGUCAUCAUGGUAUUGACAGUUCUGUCGCAGAUUGCAAAAAAAGUCUAUUAUCGGCGAAAAUUUCUAGCCUCCCUACAUCAUGUCCUACGAUGAUUAUGGAUGAAGAGAAGGAAGUUGAUAGUGGAAAUAAUAUGUUGAGUUCAAGUAACAUUGGUGAGUACUCAGUAGAAAUGUUGGCGCGGUUGACGUCCUCAACCGUGAACAUUCUCGAAAAUCAGUAUUCUGAUAACGUGAAGAAUGGUGCAACGAAGAAGCGGAAAUCACAAAAAUUCAAACCGUCAAGUGUUUGGAAGCAUUUCUUCCGCUUAUCCGACGGUAAUGUACGUUGUGUCCAUUGCGCAAAGGUUUUGAAACGGAAAGAUAGCUCAACGAAGACGAUGUGGGGUCAUUUGCGAGCGAUACAUUUCAAGGGUCGAGAUUGGACUGUCCUGCAACAGCAGGCUGUUCGAGAUCACAGUCGACCUCAAGUAAAUCGGAUAGAAAUGGCAUCUCUGGAUGAAUUGGAUCCGAGUGGGAUCAUUACAACCCAGAAUUGGCUUGAGCAACGGGUCGGUAUCCUUUGUGAUAAAUCGCAAGAAGCUCAGUCGGCCACUGGACAACUGGACGACUCAUCAGCAGAUUCUUUUCCUUUGAUGCCAACUCAACCGUACAUCAAGCGUAAUCGUUCAUUGUUGGUUUCAAACGGCCGUUCAACAAAUUCAAAAAAUAUUGAUCACAAUUCGAUCAAUGAUUGUACUUAUGAUGGUGAUAGUUUAAAUGCAGCUCUUCCAACAUUUGCACAAUCGGAUCGCAGCACUGAGGAGAAAGCACUUAACUUUUUGUCAUCUAUUCCACAUACAUCUGAAAUAAUCAAUAUAACUGCUGGUUAUACUGGGAGUACUGAUCAUCGUUGUUCAGCACUUUGCGGGAAGUUAGAGAAUAGUAAUGGUGGAUACAACAGUGCUGAUAUAUCUGCAGCAGCACUGAAUGCUUCAAACUGUUUACUAUCAUCUGUUCAUAAUCGUUUAAUUGCUGCUAAUCAGUCUGCUUCAUCUGUCAGUUCAACGCUGCCACAUCUUUUAGAUUCAUUUUCAAUAUUUGAUCCUGAAUCGUUGGCAGUAUUUAUGCGAGCAGCUACCGAUUUAGACUGUACCUUAUCCUUUCAUUGUCGUGAUAAUCAACCGCGAUUAUCCUUUGAAUCAAAUCUUACCGCUGCCAGCAGAUUAAAAGGUGUGGAAAUAUGCAUGACUGAAAUGGACGAUGAAGUGCACAUUAUAGUGCAUACUGAUGGGACAGAACUUGACAGGGAAUCUUGGAAAAAAACGGAUAAAGCACAGUUGAUGUGGGCAGUUCGUGGGAAAUGUCAAAAAGUUCUGACACAGUAA